UCACUGCACUUCAGCCUGAUGCUCAGACAGUCAGCAGCGAGACAACAUGGACGUCACAGCUCUCUGCAUCAGACUGUUGAUGAAUGUGUUAUUCCUGCUGAAUGCGCUCCAUCAGGAAGUUGAUUCAGUGUCUCUUCAUGUCGUCCCGAACAAACUGCAGUUCUUUGAGUACGAGUCUCUAACUUUCCAUUGUGAGGCGUUCAGUGGCUCCACUGGACUGAAAGUUGUGUUUAAGCUAAAAGAGGAACUUCGCUCAUGCAAAACUGCAAGUCAGGUGACAUCAACAGGUUUGUCCUGCAGCAUUUACAGUCUUUAUCCAGAGGACAGUGGAGAGUACUGGUGUGAGGCUGGAGGGGGGAGGAGAAGCAACAGCAUCAACAUCACUGUCACUAAUGGUUCUGUGAUCCUGGACAGUCCUGUCCUUCCUGUGAUGGACGGAGACGCUGUGACUCUGCUGUGCAGAAACAAGAUGGCUUCCUCCAACCGCUCAGCUGAUUUCUAUAAAGACGGCCUCCUCCUCAGGAGCAGCUCUACAGGAGGGAUGAUCAUCCCCAGCGUUUCCACGUCUGAUGAAGGACUCUACAAGUGCAGAUCCUCUGAUGGUGGAGAAUCACCACAGAGCCAGCUGACCGUCAGAGCAAAUCACACAGAGACUCGUCCCUCGUCAGAUCGUCAACUCUUCAUCUUCAGAACCAUUUUCCCGCUUGUGCUGAUGACUCUGCUGCUGCUGCUGCUGGCAAAGCUUCACUGCGGGGAAACUCGGAGGUGAACAACAGCAACUGGUGUCCACGCAGGUGGAGAUGUGACUGCCACAAGAGAGAAUACAGCGAGCUGAAUGACAAAAAAAGUGACGAGUGUGCUUAAAGCUGGUUGCUGAGAUCGUGAAGCAGUCGAUAUCCCAUCAUGCUUCAACAUCCGUCUUAUGUAUCUUUGCAUGUUUUCUUAUCCACGUUGUCUCUCAUGUAUAUAAAUAAUCUCAUGUCACAUUUAUAUUCAGUGCAUAUUGCGCUAACACCUGAUCAGU